GUCACUUCUGACCUACUCGACCACACCACUCGUGAUCAUGGUACAUGGUACGAAGUAGUAGAUCGAUCAAUGGAAGUGAUGAGCCAAUUAACCAAUGCUCAAGGAGAAACUGGGACCAAGCUACGUCGUGAAAUAUCAAGCGACGCAAAAGCAAUCGGCACUCUCCAGAGGAUUGUUAGCUGUAAAAAUUGUAAAGAAGAGCUGCGGCAAAGAGCCAUUUGGAUUCUCAGACGAUUGUACAAGGAUACUAUCGGAACAAACAUAUCAGCUAAUUUCGAUUUUCUCAAAAGAGGAAAUAGUUAUUGCAGAGAAGACUUUGUUAGGCUGCUAGUGAACAUCUUUACUCACAAUAACGAGUAUAGCAGCUCCAUCAGAGGAUAUGCAGGAGAAGCACUGUCUGAGAUAUGUUCCCUUGGCCGAAUUAGUGAUGCCACAAUUGUCAUACAAACAAGUGGUGAUGUUGUUGAUAGUUUCGCUCAAGUGCUUUUACAUGAAGAGGACAAGACAUGCGGACAAGCAGCUGCUGAAAUUCUUGAGCAUCUAUGUACCCAUUACACCAAGGAUGAUGAAUACCUUCGCAAACUUAAGAAGGCAAUCCUCGGGGUGAUUGGAAAAAUACUUUGUUGUGGAGACGUAACGCAUAAUGGAAAAGACAUAGAAAGCCUGUGUGAUGGCAAAGAAGAAUACAGUGAUCGGGACAAGAAGUACGAGGGAUUCCAGGUGGACGCACUCUCAAGUAUGCCAUUGAACUUGCUAUCGCCAUUGUUAUCCCUUUGUGGCACAGUCUACGACAUGAGGUUGAUCAUUGAUUUGCAUCCUCAGUUGGAUGCAUCUAACUUUCUAAACAAGCUCAAGCAGAUAGUAGUUGAAAAAAGUGACUCCACCGUCGAAAACUUGUCAUUGUGCAAGGCUACCGGUAAUAUGGUCAUAUCAAUGAUGAAAUACUACACUAGUGGCGGGUUCUUCAAGCAAGAGGACUUUGGAAGCUUGAUAGAGGCACUCUCUGGUACUUCCAAGAAAAUGCUGGAUCUCGACUACUCAGUGGUUUGUUCUUCUGCCAGCAGCUCCGAAACUAGAAUGAAGCUUGAUGGGCGCACUCUCGCGUCCCUCGUGAGAGAAGCGAAAGAACUGCUUGCUACCAGGCUACCAUCUGCCUCUUUCGGUGGUUGAUUUGCAAUCAUGUUUAGAUACUCUUUCUGUAUUUUCUUUCACUGAUUGGUUAUGUAUUUUGUACAAAGACUAUGCAUUUGUGUGUAGUUUUUUCUGUCAGUGUACUUCUCAUGAAGAAAAUGUCGUUUACAUAUUAUUUGUAAUAUCUGUGUUUGUGAUCAGUGAGAGAGAAUGUUCUGUCACUGUAUCUGAAUCUGA